UGUGUUUACUUGGGAUGCAGUGACACUUGCCCCUGAAGUUUGAAACAGUGUUAUCGAUCCUGUAUUCCUAGAAAUGCUUCUUUGAUUUUCAAUGAAAUGAACAAGGUUGUUGUUACAUUUUAGUCUGAGAUACCGCAGGCCAGCUGCUAUUGGUUUUCAGAUCUCAACUAUGUAUGCUAAUUUUAGCUAAGUGACUAGCUAACUGGAUCACAACCUUGUCUUGUCCGUCACAACUACAACGCAGAGUUGUAAGUUAUGUGUGAAUAGUUUUAUUAUAAAACGCGGUCACUCUCUCUGUCCUCAAGUGUUUUAGUAGAUGAAGUCAAAACAUACGCUGACAAUUGAUGCUAUGCAGUUCACGUACCGCUAACUGUCUCUUCGACCCUGUCCUGAAUGGUUUUGAGAAGACAUGGUCACUCGUUGUCAGUGGCGUUAGCCUGGCAUUGACAUGGACUCAAAGCUGGGUCCAUAAGACAACCGUCGUCUUUGGCGGUGCUGCGUGCCUCCUCUGUGAGGCCAGCAAUCCGAAGGGUCAAGCUCACCAACACCUCUUCCUACCAAACCUCGGAGCAGCUCUCCGAUCUUCCUUGAGGCAUCAGGAUGUUGGAGGGUCUCGUUGCCUGGGUGCUUAACACGUACCUGGGAAAAUAUGUCAGCAAUCUGAACACAGAUCAGCUCUCCAUCGCACUUCUCAAAGGUGCUGUAGAGCUGGAAAACCUCCCACUGAGGAAAGAUGCCCUCCGAGAAUUUGACUUGCCAUUUGAAGUCAAAGCAGGAUUCAUUGGUAAGAUCACUCUCCAGAUCCCUUUCUACCGGCCUCACAGUGACCCGUGGGUCAUCUCCAUGUCUCAGCUCAACCUGAUCAUCGGCCCCGCCCAGCUGCAGGAGUACGAUGGAGAAAAGGAAAGGGAGGAAGAGAGGGAACGCAAGAAACGCCUCCUCAAGGCUCUGGAAGACAAAUUUAAAAGUGAGUGUGAACAGAGAGGAGAGUCGUACUGGUACUCUGUCACUGCCUCAGUUGUCACCAGGAUUGUAGAAAACAUUGAGCUGAAGAUCCAAAAUGUGCAUCUUCGAUUUGAGGAUGACUUUUCCAACCCAGAGAAGCCCUUUUCCUUUGGAGUUUGCAUCAACAAUGUUUCGGCUCAGAAUCCUUCCAAAGAGUCGACCCAGAAGCUUCUCCGACAAAAGCAGCUCGAGAUCGAAGACUUCAGCGUCUACUGGGACACACAGUGUGAAAUGCUCGGGAAGCUGCCCACUAAUCAGAUCCAGGAUGCAAUGACCCAGUGUAUGCAGAGUCGUGAGCACCAGUACAUCUUUGAACCAGUGUGUGCGUCAGUGUUGCUCAGAAGAAAUACCUCCAAAGAGCCUCUGAGGUCCCGACACAGCCCUCGCAUUGAAGGCCAAGUUCAGCUGGAGCCAAUGUCCUUACGUCUUUCACAGGUCCAGUACCAGCAGAUUAUGGCUUUCCUUAAAGAACUGGAUCGCAGAGAGAGGGGGAUGCUCUACAGAAUGUGGAGACCCAAAGUCCCAAUUUCUGGGAACUGUCGGGAGUGGUGGAUGUUCGCCAUUCAGGCUAACCUGAGUGAAAUUAAGGAGCAGCGGCGUCGAGGCAGCUGGAACUUCGCUUUGCAGCGGGCCCGAGAUGCACAGACCUACACCAGCCUCUACUUCUCCAGGCUGAAAGGAGUUCUCCUGAAUCCACAGGAGGAGAGCGAGCUGGAGCGAGUGGAAGAGGAGCAGACGUUAGAGGAGCUGCACAUACUCAGAGAAAUUGUCCACGACUGGUUUAGAAAGCAGGAGGAGAUGGCAGAGAAAGUGCGAGAGCCAAGCAGUGACCCCCAGCCUGCUCUGCCCACCACAUCCAUUCCAAAAAGUGGAAGCUCAGGGAUGAUUCAGUACCUGCAGUCUUGGUUUCCAGGAUGGGGGGGCUGGUAUGGAGACUCCCAGGACCCAGACAGACCUGAAGAGCUCUUACCAAGUCCAUCCUCCUGGGAUAUCCUAGCAGAGACAGAAGACCUGUUUGACCCUCUGGAGGACUCUCACACUCUGAAUACGUUCACCAGGCGAGAUCAUGUGUUCGCCCGGCUGGAGUUCUUACUGGAGAAGGGCGGAGUCACACUUUUCCAACAGGACAGGAGAGGCCACACGCUGCACGAGAGUGGCGUCAUCCAGUUGGAGUUCUCAGGGGUGAAGGUAAUAGUGGAGUCCCUUCCUCGCUCAGAGUCCUCCUUGCUGUCUGUUAAACUGGGCAGCUUGUUCCUGAGGGACUUGACCACUCAGGGCACCAUCUUCCCAGUUCUGGUGUCUCCUAAAAUGGACAAAGUUGUUGUUGCUGUGAACCAGUCAGUGAGCCAGGGCAGCAGUGCUUCUGGAUCCACGCCUCCAGUGUUUGAGAUGGUGUAUGAGCGUAACCCUGCGAGGUCUAAGUUUGAGAGGAGGCUGGAAGUAAGCACUAGUCCAUUAAGCAUCAUCUACAACCCACAAGCAAUAAAGAAAGUCACAGAGUUCUUCUACAAGGGAAGAGUUCACACCUCAGGUUUUGGUUAUCAGUCGGAGCUGGAGCUGAGAGUGGCAGAAGCUGCCAGGAGGCAGUACAACAAGCUGAAGAUGCAAACCAAGGCAGAGAUCCGACAAACCAUCGACCAGCUGCUCGUGGGGGAGUUUAUUGAAAACAGUAAGCGUUGGACCAUGAAACUGGACAUCUGUGCACCUCAGGUGACUUUUCCUGAUGACUUCCAGUCAGGUGACCCCAUGCUGGUGGUGGUUGAUUUAGGAAGGAUUCUUCUGACAAACUCUCAAGAUGACAGCACAGUCAACUCAAAAGCUACUCAACCUGAGAGGGACGACAUGAGUGAUGAUGAGUACCAGACUCCUCUGGCCACCCCACCAGAGUCUCCUCCACCUGAACUGGAUACACUUUUAAAAACGCAGCUAAAAAGCCCUGAACUUCCCAGCCUCCGAUCCCCGGAGGGUGCACAGGCCUACAGCAGAAAGCUGUAUGAAAAAUACUCCUUGUCCUUUAAGGACCUGCAGAUCAUGGUUGGUCGCUUUAAGGACAACUGGAAACAUCUCCAGGAGAGUGAAGUAGGGCCCACACAUGUGGUUGAAAAGUUUAACGUGCUGCUGCAGCUUGAGCAGAGACUGCGCUACACAUCUGACCCCCAGCUGCCCGGAGCUGUGCUGUCAGGAACACUGCCGGAUCUGAAGGUCCAUAUCAACCUAGAGAAGAUGACCGCCCUGAGGAGUUGUCUCGCUAGGCUAAGCAGUUCGUCUGUGAGCCAGGGGAACCUAAGUGAAGCUAAAGGUCCUAACGUAAUAUCCCCUGAUCCUCUCCCCCUCCGCCAUGACAAGAUCUUUCACAGGGAAGACAGUUCCUGGAAGCUGCAGGGUUCAGCCAAGAAUCUGACUCAGAGUGUGAUGACGUUAGAGCAGCACACUCGAGAAGUCCUGGUGGAGUCCCGUCUACUGUUAGCUGAAUUUAACAUCAACUACAUGCAGCUUGGUGUAGAGAGUGAUGGCCGCUACAUAUCUGUUCUCAAAGUCUUCGGCACAAAUGCUCAUUUUGUAAAGCGACCUUAUGAUGCUGAAGUCUCUCUGACUGUCCAUGGUCUUCUCCUGGUGGACACUUUACAGACUUAUGGCUCAGACUUUGACCUCCUUGUUGCUUCUCAUAAGCAUCUCAGUUUUGACAUACCCACAGGCAGCCUUAGAGAAAGCCAGCCACCGUCUCCAGGCUCCUGUGAUGGAAGGUCCCCUGAAUUUCAGGGAAACCAUACCGAGUUAUCCUCUGAUCUGCCCGCUGGUAGCGUCUUCCCGUUCACUUCCAUCCUCAAAGACCAAGAAGCCCUCAUUAAGCUCGAGUAUCAGUUCGUGAGCUCAGACUGCCCCAGCAUGAACCUCGACAGCUCCCUUCAGGUUACGAGUGUGCAGGUCAACAACUUGGAUAUCAUUCUCAACCCUGAGACCAUGGUGGAGCUACUCAAGUUCCUCCAGAAGUCUUUCCCAAAAGAAGAGAGUACUUGGUCACCAUCAAUGCAACAACACACUACACAGCCUUGCAAUGAGGAAGACGACAGGGCUUAUCAGGCCACCUAUGACCAGAACAAGGAGCUAACUGUGGAGAUCCACCGCCUUAACCUGCUUCUCCUUCGGACUGUGUCCACUGGCAGCUCCCUGGGCGCUGAGAAGAAAGGACUGAAGAUCGCCACCGCCAGCAUCACAGAUACCAAGGUCAAUGUUUCCCUGGGAAGCCGGUUGAACAUCAGCGGUUCGCUUGGGUCCAUGCAGCUCGUGGACCUGACCCAGGAGGGAGGCCGAAGCCAAUUUGUAGUCAGCAUCGGCAACGUGGAUGACAGCUCCCCGAGUCCUGAGCGGUUAGCGUUUCUUUCCAACACACCAGAGUCUCCCACAGAUGCUUUGAAUUUUCGCCUCAUGGAGAAAUCUCAAGGCGAGUGCUCCUUGCAGCUGGAGAUGGCGUCACUACACUACAACCACUCAGCCAAGUUCUUGCGGGAGCUCAGUCUGUCGGCCAAUGAAGUGGAAGACAACUUCCGCUCCAUGUUAAAAAGUGCUGCCACCAAAGUGUCCACAGUCCUCGCCACCAAAACCGCAGAGUACAGUGGUAUGGUUUCCCUCUUUGAGACUCCCUCACGGAGAAGAACUUUGAGUCAGAGUUGGGCGUAUUCAUUCGAGGAUGAGGAAGAUGUUCCUGUGGAGGAGCCUGAAUCCACCUUAGACACUUUUUUUGUGAAACUGACCCUAAAUAUCAGCAUUGAUUCUCCAGUUGUGUCCAUCCCCCGUAAACCUGGACACCCUGAGCUGUUGGUUGGUCAUCUGGGAAGCAUAACUAUCCACAAUUUUCUCAAUGGCCAAGACUCAGAAGGAGAGAGGCUGCAAGUGUUAGUGAAGGAUAUACGUCUGUACUCACUCAACACGAGUCAUUUGGUUUUGAAGCGGGCACCCAGACGGGACAAUGCCGACAAUAUGUCUCCAUCCCGCCACAGCAGCGUCAGCCAAGACGAAGCACAAUUCACACGUCAUGACUUCUUCGAAUCUCUCAGUCGGGGAAAAGCCUUCCACAUACUGAAAGACACUACAAUCCAGUUCACCCUGGAGAAAAUCCCUGUUGAUGAAGAUGCCCAGCUGCCCUUACUCACAGCAGAGGAGCCCUACAAGAGCACAGGGCAACUGAGGGUUCAGGGCCAAUUUGUCAACCCUGUUCAGGUGUUCCUGUGCAAGCCUGUGUAUGAGCAAGUUCUGCAGACGUUGGAUAAUUUGUCCCUGAUUGAAGAGCAGCGUGUCACACCCAGCCAGCCGCCCACUCCUCCUCCACCUACGCCCUCUUCCACCAGACCCCAUUGCUUUCCUGACCCCCAGGGGGGGCUGUUUGCCAGGGACCCUCCCAGUAUCAGCUUCUCCCAUGUGUCCCUUUCCUCUCCUUUGUCUCUUCAGUCUCCGAAUCCUGCUCUCUCUCCUUCGUUUACUCAGCUAAAAGUCACCUUACAUGUUGCAGAGCUGCAGGUCCAGCUCAGUGCUGAUCUGACUCAGGGCUCCCAGGGCUUAGUCAGUGUCCGUUUCCAAGAUUUGGAGGGAGACUUUACCAAAGAUCACCCCCACUUACUGGGAGUGCAGCUGGCUCUGCGUGCCCUCUUAAUGGAAGAUCUCCUGGAGCAAAACCCUGAGUCGAAAUACAAAUACUUGAUGGUGUCUCGUGGAGCUCCCAAACCCUCCACCUUCAGUCCAAAGGAGUAUCUUUCCCAAAGCUGUCCGUCAGCAUCAAAUGCUCUUUUUCCAGACAUGCCCCGCUCACUGCCUGCCCACAUCGAGGAGGCCAAAAACGUUUUCCAGCUCUACCAGAGGCACCCCAGCACCCCUUCAUCCAGCAGUCGCAAGUCCAAGAGGGAGCCAGACUUCCCCAGCACACCACCUCCUUCUCCUACGCACCAAAGGUCCUCUCCUCAGCCACCCCCGGACUUUGAUGACUCGUUAGUUCAUAUAAACGUGCUGCUGGUGGACCAGAACCACCCAGAGUUCAAAACUCGCUACGGCAGCGUGGGGCGAAGUGUUGACGUGGACUUUAACUGCCUGGAUGUUCUGAUCACACUGCAGACGUGGGUGGUCAUUCUGGACUUCUUUGGGAUCGGCUCCACGGCCAAUAAUCACGCUGUGAAGGUGCCGAUGUCACCACAAACUGUGCCGGGACACUCGUUAUAUGAAGCAGACAUGAGCGAGGAAGAGGCAGCACAGCCCGUCAACACAAAAGUGGACCUGAAAGUUCAUUCUUUGUCUCUCGUACUGAACAAGAAAAUCAAUGAGCUUGCCAGAGCAAGUGUGUCCAAAUUAUCUGCUCACCUGGAAAUGCUAGACGGUGACUUGGCCGUACACGGCACCUUAGGAAGUUUGUCCCUGAGUGACCUGACGCCACACGGUGACCUGUACAGAGAGCGCUUCACCACACAGGGAGGGGAUGCGCUCGUUUUCAACGUUUUUAAGUACGACCAGCCUGAUCCUGACCUGAAACGGGACUGUGACAUCAGGGUGUCUCUUCAGAUGGCGUCGGUUCAGUACGUCCACACCCAGCGCUUCCAGGCUGAGGUGGUAGCCUUCAUCCAGCAUUUCACACAGCUGCAGGAUGUGCUCGGCAGGCAGAGGGCCGCGAUGGAGGGCCAGGCUGUGCGUGACCAUCCACAGCGGGCAUCCAGGGUCCUGCUGGAUAUUGAGGCCGGUGCCCCGGUCAUCGUCAUCCCCGAGAGCUCACAGUCGCCGAGGGUGAUCGUAGCGAACCUCGGUCAGCUGAGGGUACAGAACUGCUUCCUGCAAGCUGGAGCUCAUGGGACAUUUUCCCUCCGAGACAAGGAGCGUGUGAGGAGUGCAGCAGGGAAGAGCAAUGAGCCAGAGAAGCCCAGAAGUUUCCCCUCCAGCGCCUCGUCAACUACAGGGUUCACCCUUGGCAGGCCUCAUUUUCCAGACACAGGCAGGAUCCCUGAAGAGGAGGAGGACCCUCAGUACUCAGAAGAGCAUGUGUGUCUGUUGGACUGCAUGGCCUUGGACCUGCAGGAGAUGGAUAUCUUUGCUGCAGAACGUCUUCCCUGUCAUCCAUGGGACGGUGGUGGGAAAUCAGAACCCUCCGACCUCAUCUUUCCUUCCUACUCUGUGCGUCGAACUGGAGACAACCUGCUGAAAGACUGCUGCCGCCUCAAGCUCAAAGUGGAGCGCAACCUGGACAGGGAGCUGAGCCACGCUGUGCCAGACAUGUCCAUCCACAGCAGCCUGUCGUCGGUGCACUGCUCUCUGGACAUGAAGCACUACCAGCUGAUCAGAGGCCUGCUGGAGAACAACCUCGGGGAGCCUAUUGAGGAAUUCCUGAGACCCUACAACCUGCAGGACCCCAGCGGCUAUACGGUGUUAAGUGGAGAUGUGUACACCAACCUGUCAUUCCUGGUGGAUAUGAUGGACGUCAGUCUGGAGCUUCUGGACAACCCGACGCCCACUGAGCACAGUGGCUCAUUAGCAAGGUUUGACUUCAUGAAAUCUAAGCUGCUCUUUGAGAGUUUUUCCAACGGAUCCAAGUCUGUCAACCUGGUGUCUCACUCCCUGCUGGCAUAUGACACUCGCUACACCGGGCUGCAGAAAAGUGCUGAUGGGGCCAGACACAACGUGUUCGACUGCAUUCUCCAGCCCUCUAAAACGGGUACUAACCGGGCAUCUCUGCAGCUGGAGCUGCACUACAGGUCCACCCGAGACUCGUCCUGCUUCACAAUGGUCCUCAAUAACCUCAGGGUCUUUCUCAUUUUUGACUGGCUGCAGCUGGUGCGGGACUUUCUGCGCAUGCCAGCCGAGAAGACGGCAGGCGGCGCAGAGUCUCGACAGCGCUGGCCCAGUAACACCAGCACCGACUCGGGCUGCACCGGGGCUGUCAUGCCAAAGACAGUGAAGAGUGGAGUGGUCACCAAGAGGUCUACUGUGCCGGUCAACCAGGACCGCUGCCUGGAGCUGAAGCUCAACGUUACAGGCACUGAGUUUGUGGUUGUGGAGGACUUGUCCUGCCUGGACACCAACGCCAUCAUCCUGAAAGGCACCACUGUCCUGACGUACAAGCCCCGCCUGCUGGACAGACCCUUCUCUGGCAGCCUGGCAGGAGUGGAGGUGUUCUCAUGUCGGCUGGGCAGCGAGCAGGAGACGGCGCUCUCCAUCAUCGACCCUGUUAACGUUCAGGUGGAUCUGUGUGGGAGCCCCACAUAUCAAAGCAGCUCUGGUCUCCUGGAUGCCUUCAACGUGGAGGACAUCCCACCGCUGCUGGAGAUUCAGUUUCCUGCUCUGGACAUCCGCCUCUCCUACAACGACAUUCAGCUCUUCUUAGCCAUUGCGAAGUCCAUCCCUGCAGCUGGAGCUGCACCUCCACCUCCCUCUGACUCCACUGACGCCUUAGAUCCUCCCAAAGACAGUUUCAAGCAGAAGACGCUCACCCUCAUAGAAACCCAGCUGAGCCACUUACAGGACCUUGGUUUCAGGAAAGAGGACUGCAGAGCAGCUCUUGCUCACUGUAAAGGCCAGCUGGACCAGGCUGCUACAUGGCUGCUGGAGAACGCUGAGAACAUGGCAGGACAUCCCAGAACCAGGGCAGGGUCUGGCACCAGCAGCCACUCAGCUCCUCUGUCUGGGGUGGAGAUCAAGGCUGAGAGUGUCUGUAUCUGUUUCAUUGACGAUUGCUUGGACUGUGACAUACCACUGGCAGAGCUCACAUUUUCCAGGCUAUAUGUGCUGCAGCGUAUUGGUUCCACCCAGGAAGGUAAUGCCAGCUUCACUCUGUCUGGAGACUACUACAACAGAGAGCUGUCAGGUUGGGAGCCUGUCAUCGAGCCCUGGCCCUGCUUCCUAAAUUGGCAGCAGCAGGCCGCUGGUCGCCUCCACCCUCCACGUUUCAAGAUGGGAAUUCGAGCCAAGCAGAGACUGGAUGUCAACAUCACUUCUGUCCUGCUUGAACAAUACAAAACUACCAAGAGCUCCUGGAUGGCUGACUACUGUAAGGAGGAGGAGCAGAGCCCCAAGUCUUCACCCCCACUACCCUGGAUUGGCUCCUCAGUUGACCCACCCAGCUUUGGACAGAGUGCGCCUCUGGCUCACCUUAGAACUAGGAGCACAGCCAGCUUGACCUGCCUCGAGCAGCAGAUUCACUCCAGAGCAGAUGUCAAGCUGUCAAAGAGGAGGCAGCCGUUUGUCCCAUACGCUCUGCGCAACCACACAGGAUGUACCAUGUGGUUCGCCACUUUAACCACAACUCCCACCAGGGUGGCGCUGUCUCACAGCAGCAGUGCAGACUCCAUCUCAGACGUCCACAGCUCAGGAACCGAUGACACCCACAAUGUCAGUCAGUGGAGGGAGGUGCUGCCUGGAGAGGAGAUUCCCUUUGAGUUUGAGGCCCGUGAGAAACUCCGUCACCGACACACUCAUGAAUUGAAGCUCCACCAGCUGCUGGUUCGGGUCUGUGGAUGGGAGCAAGUCAAGCCGGUGUCUGUGGACAAAGUGGGCAUUUUCUUCCGUUAUGCAGCUCCAGACAGGAACAACUCAUCGAACACUGUGGGCAGCCCUAUUAGCAGGACCAACAUCAUCCAUCCACAUGUUUAUUUCUCGGCCCUGCCUCCUGUCAGGGUGGUAUUUGCCAUCACGAUGGAAGGAAGUGCCAGGAAAGUCAUCACUGUGCGCUCGGCCCUCAUGGUGAAGAACCGGCUGGAUGUCCCAAUGGAAGUCAGGCUUGACAGCCCCUCAGCACCUGACAAACCGGUGGUGUUGCCUCCUAUCCUGCCUGGCCAGGCUUUAGCCGCCCCUCUGCACCUGACGUCCUGGCGGCUGCAGGCUCGACCCAAAGGCAUGGGCUUGUUCUUCUGUAAAGUUCCCAUCCACUGGACCAGCGUGGAGCGGCCUGGAGAGAUCAGCAGCAGUAAAAGGGAGUGUCAGUCUGCAGACAUCGAUGACAGCCUCAAGCGUAACUUCAGGUUUUGUGUGGUCAUCAAAAAGGAGAACUAUCCAGAGCAGCAGCCUGCAAAGAGGCAAGUUUCUUCUGGGGGUGCACAUCAGAUCUAUCGACAGCCAGGCCACACCGUUUAUCUGCUACCCACCAUGGUCCUGGCCAACCUGCUGCCCUGUGAUCUCAGCUACUACAUCAAAGGGACAGCCAUCAAAGGCUCGCUGAAGCCGGGAAAGGAGGCCGUGCUUCACUCUGCUGAUACCUCACAGAACAUGGAGCUGGGAGUCCUGCUGGAGAGCUUCCCUGUGUGCAAAGAGCUGUUGAUUCCUCCUGGCACUCAGAACUACGUGGUACGCAUGAGGCUGUACGACACCAACAAGCGUCUGCUUUGUCUCACCAUCCGCAUCAUCCUGCGGGCACAAGGAGCUCUGAAGAUCCUGAUUUCUGCUCCAUAUUGGCUGAUCAACAAGACUGGCCUUCCCUUGAUAUUCCGUCAGGAUAACGGGAAGAUGGAUGCAGCGGGACAGUUUGAGGAGCACGAGUUGGCCAGAAGCCUCAGUCCAUUACUGUUCUGUUACACUGACAAGGAGCAGCCUGCUAUGUGUACAAUGCGGAUUGGGAAAGGGAUCCACCCAGAUGGUGUUCCAGGCUGGUGCCAGGGCUUCUCUUUGGAUGGAGGAAGAGGAGUCAGGGCAGUGAAAGUGAUCCAGCAUGGCAACAGGCCUGGACUCAUCUACAAUAUAGGCAUCAGUGUGCGCAAAGGAAAAGGGCAGUACAGAGACACUCAUAUUGUGACCUUUGCUCCACGCUACCUGCUGGACAACCGCUCCACUCACAAACUAGCCUUCGCUCAGAGAGAGUUUGCAAGAGGAAAGGGUACAUCCAACCCUGAGGGCUACAUCUCCACCCUGCCAGGUUCCAGCGUGGUCUUCCACUGGCCCAGAAAUGACUACGACCAGCUGCUGUGUGUGCGCCUCAUGGACACGCCCAACUGCACGUGGUCAGGAGGCUUUGAAGUCAACAAACCCAAGUCGUUCCACGUCAACAUGAGGGACACACUGGGAAACUGUUUCUUCCUACGGACAGAGAUCACCCUGAAAGGAGCCACCUACCAGAUCUCCUUCACUGACACCGACCAGCUGCCUCCGCCGCUCCGCAUCGACAACAUCUCUGAGGUGCCCAUCCAGUUCUGGCAGCAUAGUGUGGCCGACAUCCGACUCCACACCGAGGUGAAGGCCAUGUCGGUGCUGGACUACGCCUGCGAUGAGCCCACUCUGCCCCCCUACCUCACACUCACUGUGAAGGGUGCAGGGUCCUCAGAGGUCACGGCUGACAUGAACUUCUUCAGAGAGUACAACAAACUUUACUAUGAGAACUUCAUCUACAUUGCAGCGACACACACCUUCUCACAGAAUGAUGGGAGGAGACCUGUUGGGAAAAAGCGCCUCGUGAGCUGUGCUGAGCUGGUUCUUGAUGUGGAUACCAAGACUCAAAGGGUCAUCCUUCGGAAAAAGGAGCCGGGGAAGCGCUCCCAGCUGUGGAGGAUGACUGGGACGGGGAUGCUUUGUCACGAAGGCUCAUCUCCACCCCAAAGUAAGCCAGCCCAGCCGCGGCCUCUGGACUCGUCCUUGGUGCUGGACAUUGCUGGGCUUGCAGCUGUUAGUGACAACAGCUUUGAGCCAUUGAUGUUGCGAAGGCCGGACUCACGGCGCAGCACGACCCAGACGUGGCACUUCAGCUCUGGCAUGCUGACCUGCGGCCUUCCUCGGCUGGUGGUGCAGGUGAAAGGUGGAGUGGCAGGCCUGUAUGAUGGAGCAGAGGUGGUGCUGGGACCAGAUUCUGGUCUGCUGCAGCCUGGUCCUGAGCAGCAGUUCAUCAACCAGAAGAUGAGGCCUGGAUCUGGGGUGCUUUCAGUACAAGUGCUGCCAGAUGGACCCACACGUGUCCUUCAGGUCAGCGACUUCAAUCAGAGGAGAAUGAUCCGGAGCUCAGCCAGCACAGAACAGGACAAGAGCAAAGAGGAAGUAACGAAGAAAGAGCCUGAGCAGGAGCUGGAGGUGUUGGUGACCUUGGAGGAGGGUGUGGGUGUUUCUUUAGUCAACAAGCUUCCCGAGGAGCUCGUCUUCACUACGCUGUCAGGUGUUGAUGUUCACUUUACUCGCACCGCUGCCAACGAAGUGCUGGAGCUGAGCAUUCAGAACAUCCAGGUGGACAACCAGCUGCUGGGAACCACCCAGCCCGUGAUGCUGUGUGUGACUCCCAGUUCAAGUGACAGUGGUGUGAACGACAGUGGCCCGGCGCUACAGGUCAACUCGGUCAAAGUUCCCAGCAGCCUCAUGCUCACGGACCUCUUCAAGCACCUCAUGGUGACGGCCCGACGUUUCACUGUCAUCAUCGAGGAGAAACUGCUGCUCAAGUUGCUCUGCUUCUUCGGUUAUGGAGAGGCCGAAGCUGAGUUGGAGAAGCUGGAUGAAAGCCUGCAUGAGAGGCCCAGCGAGGAAUCAGGGCCUCCUAAACGUUACUACUUUGAGAACUUGAAGAUCAGCCUCCCUCAGGUCAAACUCAGCGUAUUCACCUCUCACAAGCUGCCUCCAGACCUUAAGGCAUUGAAAGGCACUCUGGGUAUCCCUCUGAUUCGCUUUGAAGACGCUGUCAUCAACAUGUACCCGUUCACCAGAGUGCACCCCUACGAGACCCAGGAGAUCAUCAUCAACGACAUCCUGAAGCACUUCAGAGAGGAGCUCUUGAGCCAAGCGGCUCAGAUCCUCGGCUCUGUGGACUUCUUGGGGAACCCAAUGGGUCUCCUCAAUGACGUCACUGAGGGCAUGUCUGAGCUCAUCAAGUACGGCAACGUGGGCGGCCUCAUUCGCAAUGUAACCCACGGGGUCUCCAACUCUGCUGCCAAGUUUGCAGGCACUUUAUCGGAUGGGCUGGGCAAGACUAUGGACAACCGGCACCAGAGUGAACGGGAAUACAUCAGAUACCAUGGAGCCACCAGCGGAGAGCACCUGGUGGCUGGGAUUCAUGGACUGGCUCAUGGUAUCAUUGGAGGCAUGACGAGCAUCAUCACUUCCACAGUGGAGGGGGUGAAGACAGAGGGUGGAGUCAGUGGCUUCUUCUCAGGACUGGGGAAAGGUCUUGUUGGUACUGUGACCAAACCGGUUGCUGGAGCUCUGGAUUUUGCUUCAGAAACGGCGCAGACGGUCCGAGACAUGGCCAGUCUCAGCAACCACAGACUGGGCGUGCAGCGGGUCAGGAAGCCUCGCUGCUGUAAGGGACCUCAGGGUCUGCUGCCUCGAUUCUCCGCCAUGCAGGCCGACGGUCAGGAGCAGCUCUUCCGCCUCACCAACAACAUCCACUCUGAGUUCUUCAUAGCCGUGGAGCCGAUCGACAGCUACUGCGUCCUCAUCUCCUCCAAGGUGGUCUACUUCCUGAAGCCGGGUGACUACGUGGACCGUGAAGGCAUCUUCCUGGAGGUCAAGUAUGAUGAUCUCUACCACUGUCUGGUGUCUAAGGAUCACGGAAAGGUGUAUGUGCAGCUCACCAAGAAGGCGGAGAACACCAGCAGUGGGGUGGCUAUUCCCGGCCCCUCCCACCAGAAACCCAUGGUCCAUGUGAAGAGUGAGAAUCUUGCCAUUAAGAUCUCUCAGGAAAUCAACUAUGCCAAAAGUCUGUACUACGAGCAGCAGCUCAUGCUGCCUCCCAGUGAGAACGAGGACUGUUUACUGCUCGAAUCCUGAUCAGGAUGUUUCCCAGAGGAGUGUCUGUGGCUUCUCCUCCGUCCUGAAGACUGCAGCUUCUUAAUGGAUUUAACAAGCAACAACAAUACAAACCUGCAACCACAUGUUGGACAACGCACAUUUAUAAUCUCAUCAAAAACCAAGUAGGACAGUUGGACUGUGUUCAUGUCUGAAAUGCCACUGAUCUCUGUGCUCACCCUACGUGUGAAUAGACAGAAGUGUAAAUAAGAGGUAGCACUAUAAAGCAGUGUAAAUACUGUUAAUGAUGAAGACUAACAGAGGAUAAUAAUGUGAAAUAUAACAAACUGCCUUUACUUUUAUAUUUUCACAAUCAGAGAUGAUAAAGAUGGAGAAUGAAUUGCACUGAUGCACACACACACACACACACACACACUGGAGCUGCCUGUCAGUAUCUGUUCUGCCUUUAACAGAAACCUGGAUGUGUGAUGUGUCUCUACUUGUAUUUAACAAGGUUUUUUUUUUUAAUUCUUAUUAUUAAUAAGCCCCGCAUUGUUUCUGAAGCACAUGUUGGAAAGUUGCUCACAGACUGUCCGAAGUUUGGUUCUGGCUCAGAGUCGGAGUCUGUCAGGGAGGUGGUGACUCCAUCUGUCAUCCACACGGGCACUGCAUCAAAUAAAGGAGCAGACUGCAGUACUCA